UAUGAUGAUAGCUAGAUCUCUCAUCAUACCCCUCUUGCCUUCCUCUUUUCUUGCAUCAUUUUCAUAACCCCCAUUUAACCAACUACAGCUCUACCUACUUAUAUAUAUAUAUAUAUAUAUAUAUAUAGAGAGAGAGAGAGAGAGAUGGAAAUGAAAUUGGGGCAUGAAAACUCAACAAGCUCAAACAAGAGUAGUAGUAGUAGUAGUAGUAAGAAGGAAAUGGGAAGAAAAGGAGAUGAGCAUGAUGAGAAGGUGGAUGAUCAAGAAGCAGCAAACUGCAGUUCAUCAAGUGAUCAUGAGGAUCUCAGUUUCAGGAAUCUAUCAAAGCUUAUUGUUCCUCCACUCGGUGCUUCAGCCUACACUACCCCCAAUCAUUCCAAGGGAAGAAUCAUCUCUCCAAUGGAUUCUACAUACAGGUGCUGGGAGACAGUGAUGGUAGUAUUGGUGGCGUACUCAGCAUGGGUAUGCCCGUACGAGAUCGCAUUUCUGGGCUCAAAUCCAACUACACCACUGUAUACGGCAGACAUCAUCGUCGACGUAUUCUUCGCGGUCGAUAUUGUCCUCACAUUUUUCGUCGCCUACAUCGAUUCCACCACUCAAUUAUUGGUCCAUGAUCCCUCAAAAAUUGCUAAGAGGUACUUGUCUACGUGGUUUCUAAUGGAUGUUGCCUCAACCAUACCAUUCGAGCUGAUAGCUUUCUUGAUUUCCGGCAAACAUCAGGCGGGCGUCUCCUACUCCGUCCUAGGAAUGCUGAGGUUUUGGCGUCUCCGUCGUGUCAAGACUUUCUUCACCAGGAUCGAAAAGGACAUAAGAUUCAGCUACUUUUGGGUCAGAUGUGCCAGACUCUUGUUUGUAACAUUACUACAAGUGCAUUGUGCUGCCUGCCUGGCCUACUUGCUCGCCGUCCAAUAUCCAAACGAAGGGAACACGUGGAUUGGAUCCGCUAUACCCAACUUCAAGGAGACAAGCCUCUUGAUAAGAUACAUUUCGGCCCUAUAUUGGUCCAUCACCACCAUGACGACCGUUGGCUAUGGAGAUAUACACGCUGUUAACGCCUUGGAGAUGGGCUUCAUUAUCUUGUAUAUGCUCUUCAACUUAGGCUUAACGGCUUAUAUCAUCGGUAACAUGACUAACUUGGUCGUUGAGGGCACUCGACGAACCAUGGAAUUCAGGAACAGCAUUGAGGCUGCAUCGAGUUUCGUGUCACGUAACCGUUUGCCUCCGAGGUUGAAAGAGCAAAUACUGGCUUACAUGUGUCUUAGGUUCAAAGCUGAGAGCUUGAACCAGCAGCAGCUAAUUGAACAGCUACCUAAGACAAUAUGUAAAAGCAUACAGCAGCACUUGUUCUUGCCAACUGUUGAGAAGGUUUAUCUUUUUAAGGGUGUCUCAAGGGAAAUCCUGAUGCUUCUUGUUGCGGACAUGAAAGCGGAGUAUAUCCCUCCAAGAGAGGACGUUAUCAUACAGAACGAGGCACCAGACGACAUCUACAUAAUCGUGUCUGGAGAAGUUGAGAUGAUAGACUGUGAGAUGGAGAAAGAAAACAUCGUUUGGGCUUUGAAUACUGGCGACAUGUUUGGAGAAGUGGGAGCCUUUUGUUGUAUGCCUCAAAGCUUUACUUAUCGAACCAAGACGCUGUCACAACUGCUCAGGCUGAAAACAAGUUCUCUAAUCGAAGCAAUGAAGACCAGACAAGAAGAUAAUGUAACCAUGCUCAAGAACUUCCUUCAGCAUCAUAAAAAGCUGAAGGAUCUACGGCUGGGGGAUUUGUUUCUUGAAGGCGGAGAAGAAGACGGUGAUCCAAACAUGUCAAUAAACUUGCUCUCUGUUGCUGGUACCGGUAAUGCUGCUUUUCUCAAUGAGCUGCUAAAGGCUGGGCUCGACCCUGACGUUGGAGACUCUAAAGGAAGAACGCCAUUGCACAUAGCAGCAUCAAACGGGCACGAAGACUGCGUAGUAGUCCUUCUGAAGCAUGCUUGUAGCUUACACCUGAGAGAUUUUAAUGGCAACACGGCAUUAUGGGAUGCUAUAGCAGCAAAGCACCAUUCCAUAUUCAAGAUCUUGUACCAUUGGGCUUCCAUCUCCGAUCCCUAUGUUGCAGGGGACCUUCUCUGCAUGGCAGCCAGAAGAAAUGACUCAACGGUAAUGAAAGAACUCUUGAAGCACGGUCUGUAUGUGGAUUCCAAGGAUAGGCACGGGCUGACUGCCAUCCAAGUCGCAACGGAGGAAAACCAUAUGGACAUGGUGAAGUUUCUGCUGAUGAAUGGAUCUGAAGUCAAUGAAAUAGUUAAAAACAAGAUUUCUUCUGUUAACUUGAACGAAAUGCUGCAAAAACGGGAGGUUGGACACCGUAUAGUUGUGCCUGAUAUGUUGAAUGAAAACGUUCUUGGAGUAAACGGAAACGACCAACAGAGAAACGGGGAGAGCACCAAAGGGUUAGUUCUUUCAAGAGUCAGCAUAUACAAAGGCCAUCCUACGAACCGGAGAGAGAGUCGUUGCAGUGAGCCUGGAAGGUUGAUCAGGUUGCCAGGUUCACUGGCUGAGCUCAAGGGAAUUGCAGGUCAAAAGUUUGGAUUUGAUGCUACAAAUGCUCUAUUGACUAACGAAGAAGGGGCUGAGAUUGACUCCAUUGAAGUGAUAAGAGAUAACGAUAAGCUGUUUAUAGUCGAGAAUCCAGAUUCCAUUAUGUAAGGAAACAUGCUAAGAGUCGAGCAUAGAAGACUUAGAAAUAACGACACAACUUAUAUGUAAAAAGAUAGACAUGAGAUAAACAAAUGUAUAUGUACUGGAAUUUUCUGCUUAUACACGCACUCCCUUCUUUAUCA